AUGCUAGCAACAAAAACAUUAGUUGGUAGAACACCUGUAAUGGCUUCAGGACGUUUACAGCAUUUUUCCCGUAUGAUGGCUUCCGCAAGUAAAGUGGAGGAGGAAGAUGAUGUUCGGUUUAAAGUGAGUGGAGCUGCUAGGAUCAUUUCUUUGAAUAGAGCAAGGAAAUUGAAUGCACUAAAUGCUAGCAUGUGCGAAAAGAUUAUUCCAAGACUUGUUGAGUUUAAUAGAUCAAAAGUUGCAGAUCUUAUUAUUCUCAAAUCUCUUUCUCCUAGAGCAUUUUGCUCUGGUGGCGAUGUUAUACAAUGUGCUAAGGACAACAUGGCAAAUGAAUCGCAAAAGGCGGUCAAUCUUUUCCACAAGGAAUACAGCUUGGAUUAUCUAUUGGCUGUUUAUGGCAAGCCAAUUGUGUCACUUGUGAAUGGUAUCGCUAUGGGCGGAGGUGUCGGACUUGCUGUUCAUGGUCCCUUCCGUGUUGUGUGCGAAACAACACGCAUUGCUAUGCCUGAAACGAGAAUAGGCUUCUUUGAUGAUGUUGGAACAUCAUUCUGGCUUCCUAAGCUCGAUGGAAAUUUGGGAUACUACUUAUCUCUUACUGGCGAUGAUUUGCGUGGAAUCGAUACUCUUCUUUGUGGAUUUGGAACACAUUAUGUGCCAUAUGAUCGGUUUGAUGGCUUGGUUGAGCGGCUUUCUUCUCUUCAAGUGAAAAAACUGGCCACUGGAGAAAACGACACCGUCUUCUACAACAAGCAUCAGUACUAUUCGUUGGUCAAUGAGGCGAUCGAGGAAUUUACAUCGGAAAUUCCAACGCAUCACCAGUUCAAAUACACACCCGAACAACUAAACACCAUCGAGAAAUGCUUUAAUCCAGAUACUCAUGAAUCCGUCGCAAAGAUAAUUGAAGACUUGAUUGCGGAUGGUUCGGAGUUUGCCAUUUCCACGGCCAAGAAACUCGAGGCAAAGUCUCCAAUAUCACUUGCGGUUAACUGGAGCUUGAUGCUAAAAAAUAGGAAGAGAACAAUCUACGAAUCCUUGAACAAUGAAUUGAAGGUGGCAGCAAAAAUGAUGAUUGACUACAAGCCGAACGAUUUUACUACAUCAGUGAACGCAAGACUCAUCAAGAAGAUACCCGAUUCUACCAACAUUAAGUACAAGUAUCCAGAUUUAAAGUCGGUUCCAGCUUCUGUGGUUGACAAUCUUACUUCUAACGAGAUAUUCAACCCGGACUUGUCAUCUGGUGAAGAAUUGGAGGACAAAAUUGCACAACUUCAGAAUCUCAACAUAUCACAGUUUACCUCUUGCCCUGUUUUGAUUAGAAACUACCAGAAUUAUCCUUACAACAUGGGACUUCCAACAGAGAAGCAGGUGGAAUCAUACGUGAAAACUUCGGCUGGUAUAAGUGGACUUGGACCGUCAUUUUCUGAAACUUUGGAACAUUUCCAAGAUGAGUUUAAGGACAGGGCUGGAGUCACCUAUAAGGUGAAGAGCAUCCUAAAUCGGAAGACAAAGCAUGGAUCUGCCACAGACAAGGCCUUGCAUUGGAUAGAGUAG